GGUACCAGACUAAUUUAGAUUUUAGCGCGGAUUUCGUAUCAUGGACACCAUGGAGCUCCAUGCGCACACGUAGCCCUACUCGUCAUUCCAUGUUUUUCCAAAAUCUACGGCUUUGAAGCCUAACCCUACACGAAGUAUACUGCCUGCUGAGAUGAAGUGGAAUGUUGUAUUGCUAGGUUGUUUGGGGCUGUUCAACUUCAAUGAUUAUUUUCUUCCGGCCGAAGGAAACCAUUUCAUUUUUCAGGGCGAACCAUUUUUGCAUCUGAUCUGUUCACAACUGAGUGACAUUGCUGGUGAUUUACCCCGGCACUAGGUUGAGGCAGUAAUCAUUGAGCGUGGAUUUUCUGCUUAAAUCGACAGAGUAACGGCUUGUACAAGACCAUGAGGAGGCAAGAAACACUGGUGGCUCGCCGCCAAUCUGACCGGCAGCAGUACCGAUUUCUCUUAUCCGGCUUCGCUGAUCACGAAAAGGCAGCCCUGGCCGAAAGCAUCUCAAGACUGGGCGGUAAAUACCUCGACUCAAAGACGUUUGUGCCAGAUAGCACCCAUGUCAUCAGUGUGCGUCCAAUGCGGAGUGAGAAGUAUUUGUGUGGCUGUGCUGCAGGGAAAUGGAUAGUAACGCCCGAUUUCGUGAAGGCGAGUUUGGCUGCCGGCCAUUGGUUAGAGGAAGAACCUUACAUCUGGGGCAACAAUGAGCCCAGCAUUGUAGACGAGCGCUCUGCGUCGAUGGCGAGCGCCCCCAAGAGGUGGCUGACCCACCACAGAUUGACGAAUCAACGAGCCUUCACAGGAUGGACGGUCAUUAUACUGGUGACGAGCAACAACAACAGGCCUGCUGUGUACAAAAGGUUGAUUGAGUGCGGCGGGGGCACAGUCUUGUCCCUGAGACCCCCCAUCAGAGAUCCCGACAGCCUGGCCAAGCUGCUCACUCACACCUUUGUAGAUAGGUGCUACGAGCAGAAAGUGCGCUCCCUACGGGAUCGAGGAGUGCCGUGCCUGGCUCCGGAAUUCUUAGCAGAAUUUCUGUUUGAGAAAAUUCCAAACCAGAAGAAGUACGACAUCGCAACGUACAAGCCUGAAACGUCGUCAGAAAACAGUACACCAAAGGGAGCAGGCUGUGUCAAAACUUCACAAGGACACUCUGGCAAUCAUAUCAUUUUCACUCCAGUGACGGCAACAGCUGCCAAAGCCUCGCAUCGAGGCAAGAAUAGAUCACAGAAAUUAACGCUGAGCCAAUCCUCGUCAGAGUCGUUGGUACUGACCAGCUCCUCCCAAUCCAGCCAGAGCUCCGCUGUAACUGGUAGCCCGUUGGUGGGCAGAGCUAGGAACCAGUCGAAGUUGACCCAGUCACCUCUGACCCAGUCAACUUUGACCUCAGGCUCAGUUCGGUCUCCGGGUCGUACCCCGUGGAGCAGGGCGGACUCGAGUGCCGUCAACGGAGACUUGGUGGUCAAGAGAAAGUUGAAGUUUUCGUCCACUGUGGUGCAGGAGACAGUAGCUGAAGUGAAGAGGAAGCAAUCUGCAGGUCAUUACUCCCGUGUGCCGUUUUGGAUGCAAGUGCAGCCUCCAAAAUAUCAAGAUGACCCAGUGGUUGCCAUGGCAUUUCCCACAGUUGUCAGCAACCUCAUUGAAGCUUACUUGGAGGAGGAUUUCUGGCUGAAGGCGGUGCACAGCAUACACGCCCACCUGUCGUCCAAGAAAUACCCGCCCCCCUCCCUGAUGCACGUCAUCAUGAGCAAGAUGCUUGAGUCAACAGAUGUAGCCUACAAGAACCACGCCAUCCACCUCUUGAAGUCUGUCCUGUGCCUACACAGGCCAACUACCCCUGAGAUGUCCAGUAUCUACUUACAGUCAUUUGUGCCUGCCAACGACAGAUGGUUUGGGCUGGAGAGUGACGAUCCAAUCAACAUGCCAUGGGAUUUCAUUGGCAGCAUCAUCAGGAAAUCUCUGCAGAGGCCACAGAGCGAGGCUGACAGGAAGGACACUGAACAAUCCACCACAGAGCUAGCUGCCCUGAGGCACAGUGCCGAGUUACUGCUUGGCUACAUAGUGGCUGUACUAGAACAAGAUUAUCAGGCCUUCAGUUACAGGGAAGAAAAUGGCAUCAAAAGGGGAAAGACCCGGCACUGCAUGUUGUCACAGAUUCUGUGGCCGAGUCUUAACAUCAAGGCUUCCUCUCCGAUCGUCAGACAGUUGAUAACAUUUCUGCUACGAGCCGUUUCACUGGUGGAAGAAACGGCAGAUAUGUACCCCUGUCUGAGGAUGAUUAUAACAUUGGUUGAGAUAGCCGCGGAGUGUUGCAGGAUGUUUGCAGGGGACAGCAGCAUCCUGGGAAACCUUGGGAGUGGCGCUCAUCAAGACUUGGCUGUGGAGAUUGCCUCAAUGGCAAUGCAAGACGGACUUGCCGAUAAAACAGAAUCCCUGAACAUCCUGUUAUCCCUGCUGCAUCCUGAUUGGCUGAAGCUGAAGGUGACAGAAAGCCUGUUUAGUGCUUACCAUGACAGUGUGGUGUCUGAUGAAAACAGGCACAUGGCAAGCGAGCUUCUGUCUCUCAAGAAAGUGGUGAACUACUACUUUUAUCUCAUACCCCCGACGGCAAAACGUACUCUGUCCAGUGUAACGCCAGAAAUCGCAGACGAAACGACGAACCCAAGGAAGAAGGCAAGAAAGGACAAACCGGCAGCUGUGCCCCUCAAGACCCUGGCGACAAGCAACCACACUGAUAAGAAUUUGCAUCACUCCAGCCAGUUUUACAAGAAAGCGACCAAAGCGGACAACAAAGUGAACCGCAGGAACAUGAGAGGAGAGACUCCACUCCAUGUAGCCUGCAUCAAGAAUGACCUGGCUAAAGUCCGAGAGCUCCUGGCAUGUCCAGCCAUCCAGGUCAACCUGAGGGACUUUGCCGGCUGGACGGCGCUACACGAAGCAGCCAAUCACGGCCACGUGGACUGUGUUAGGGAACUGCUCAAGUACCGGCCAAAACAAAAAAUCACUGCUUACUUCACAGUUGGUAAUGGCAAGAAAUGUCAGGAUUCGUUGGACCUCGUAGCAGCACCUACAGAAUGCGGCACGACACCCCUACACGACGCUGUUAAUAAUGGUCAUGUCGAGGUAGUAAGACUGCUAGUGAAGGCGGGGGGUAAAGCAGUAUUGAUGGCAAGAAACAAAGCAGGAUUAGCACCAUUGGACGUAGCCUUAGAUGACCCAAUGAAGCGUGCCCUGGAACUGGAUGCCUCAAAGGGUAAACGGGACAAUAACUGCAACAAAGAGAAUAUCUCCACAUAUUCGGAUAGCCAGAAACACUACCACAGCCAACCAGACACACCCUCCAAACGUCUGUCUGGUGGCAUGCAAAACGCCUUGGCAACCGAAGAUGUGUACACCCGUGUGCUUGGCACAAUACAGGACCCCAAGAUAUUCGUCACAGUGGAGAAAUGCGAGCAGUUUUGCGUUCUGGUUUGCCACCUCCUGCAGUCCUGCCUGAGAACCCACAAACUGGUAUCCAUCAAAGCUGGUCUCGACCUCCACCACCAGUCGACCAAUGGGAUCAAAUAUGCAAAUUUGGGGAAUACACUGCCCUCAUUGGUACAGUACAAGAUGGUAAUGUCCCCAUCUUGCAGUGAUGCAUGUGAUUUUGACUCACAGUCCCAAGGUUCUCAGAAUCCAUCCGAUAUAGGGAGCCCUCUGAUGGACGACCUUACUGAGAUGUGUAAUCUACGAAAUCACUUGGCCGGCUUUGUUCACCACCUCAGCCGUAUUGGGCCAUGGGUCGGAACGGAACGCAGUAAUGUCUGUAAAAAAGUGCUCCACGACAUGACAAUUUUAAUAGAGUCGUGCUUGUAAGCACGUUUGCACUUAGCAUGCGUAACCUUCAUCUCAGACUGGUUAAAUACAGAUCUGGAUAUCAGAAGUAUAGCUGAAAAUAUGGCUCUUCAGCAAAGACAGAGACUAAAAUAUUACCACCAAAAAAAACCUUCAAAAAGGUCACUGGUUGACCUUUGACAUUGGUUGACUUUACUUGAAAGAAAGACCUGAAAAUGCCAUAAAUGAGCUAGCUGCCAAAGAUCUGCUGUCCUUUCGAAUAGUGAAAAUAAAAUUAGAAAAAAAAAUAAAAACCCCCAGACAUUCCUUAGCCUCCUUAUAAUGUAAAAAAAAAUAGUUUUUUAAACAAUUAAACAAUUAAACAAUUGUCAUUGUUAGUCAAAUGCAAGUCCAUACAAAACUGGGAUAUGGUAUCUCACAUGUUGGGCAAGUUUCCUGA